CAGAGCGUGACCAUGUUUUUGUAAAUAAAAUGCAAGAUUGGUCUGGUUCAAGUGCUUUUAGUUGCCUAAACAUGGAAGACAAUGUUCUGAGCAAUGCUACACAACUUAAGUUCUCACACACGGCACAAUUGUGAAAGGUAAUAGUUCCUAGAAUACAACUCUUAAAUAUACGAAUAUUUAAAUUUUGAUGUAUGUUUUCCUGUUCACUAGACCAGCGAGCACAUUUUGAAGUUAAGAUUCUGUUCUUUAUACAGUGAGGGGGCAAAUUGUUUCUUGGAGUUUAGCUUUUUGUCAAGAGUUUUGUACAGAUCAGUGGGUUCACGGGCUAGGCUUUGUAGUAGGGACCAACAUUUUAUUCCAGACUGGGUUUCAACAAGUUGACACAUGUUCCAACUGUCUUCUCCCCCCGGCCCAGAUUUCAUUAACUCUCAGAACUUUAUUACACGUUAAUUUCUCUUCACAUUUUUAAAAAACUUGAUGCUCAACUACUCUCAAUAUUCUUGCUUCUGGAGCAUUUUCAGUCCUCACUGGGGCUGUUAUGAAAUCAUUUUUUCCUAGGAAAUCUGAGAACUUCUGAACAAACCCUUAUCUUGUCCAUGGGUUGACUACACUAAUAGCUUUUACUAUAUACUGCUGUAAUAUUGUGAUGACAAAAAUAAGUCAUAGAAGGAAAGGUUGAAGGAACAAGAAAGGGGAAGACUGAAGAUCCACACAAUAUGGAUUCUACUACUGUCAUGAAUGUAGAAUCACAAUGGGCUUGUUCUCUGCUGUUCCAGAGAGAGUGUAUCUAAAUAGUUUCAGUUAAAUUUAAUUUGAAAAUGAGAAAGCUUGUAAAGGAAAGAACUGCUUUAUGAUGGAACCAGUUAUUUGUUCUUGGCGGAGGUCUUCAACCAUUGGUUGGGAAUGCUCAAUAUUUUUAUUUCAUGCAUUAAAUGGGGUUAGAUUGGGUAGUCUCUAAAGCUCCUAGCUGUGUAGGAUUGUGACUACCUUGAUUUUCCUGUUUCCACAGGAAAAUCAGAAGUGGACAUUAAAAUAGCACCAUAUCCAACAAUGUGAAGCGGUAGUCAGAGAAAAGCCUCUGUGUGAGCAGAAUGCCUCUAUCUUGCCAUUCAACCACAGUUUGCCCUUGCACAUUUAGGAUUAAGGAAUGGGAAACACUGAAUAGGAGCCUGAUACACAUUGUAGAGGUGUUGGUAAGGGAAGAGCUGCUCCAUGAUUACUGAUACAUGAACCACAAAAUCGUCUGUUGCAAAACAUGCUUGUUUUUGCGGCUGCCUCUGGUUGAAUGUAUGCCACAAGACUCCAAAGGUCACUUUGUGGGAGGAGUCCUAGAAGGUAAUUGUGCCAGGCGAAGCUACUUAAGGAGCAGAAGGAAGGAGGUGGCUCGGACUUCAGAUCAGAGACUCACUAGAGUGUUCCUAGGUGCAUUUGUAAAACGUUUGAAACUUCUGAAUGGAUUUCAAAAAAUGCCUUUUUUGGAACAAAAGAAUUAUAAUUUUUGAAUUUCUGUUGCUUUAAAACCAUGGCUGAGAAACCUAAACUUUACUAUUUUAAUGGAAGGGGAAGAAUGGAAUCCAUUCGCUGGCUCUUGGCAGCAGCUGGUGUUGAGUUUGAAGAAGAGUUUUUGGAAACUAGAGAGCAGUUUGAAAACUUGUUAAAAGAUGGAUAUCUGCUCUUUCAGCAAGUCCCAAUGGUGGAAAUUGAUGGACUGAGGCUGGUGCAAACACGAGCGAUUCUCAACUACAUAGCCGCAAAACACAACCUCUACGGGAAGACCUUAAAAGAGAGAGCUCUAAUUGAUAUGUAUGUGGAAGGAACAACUGAUCUUAUGGGACUUAUGAGACCUCUCUUCAGAUUAGACCCUGAAGAAAAGGAGAAGAAUCUUCGUUUGAUCAGUGAACAAGUCCCAAAAAGAUACUUCCCAGUAUACGAAAAAGUUUUGAAAGACAAUGGCCAGAGUUUUCUGGUUGGAAAUCAACUAACCUGGGCUGAUGUCCAACUAAUUGAGACCAUAUUAAUGGUAGAAGAGAUUGAGCCCACGCUUCUUCGGCAGUUUCCUUUGUUGCAGGCCUUUAAAGUAAGAAUGAGUGAAGUUCCCACAAUUAAGAAGUUCCUGCAGCCUGGCAGCCAGAGGAAGCCUCCUUCUGGUGAAAAACUUCUAGCAACCGCAAAAAGAGUCUUCAACCGGAAAUAAAUUUAAAGAACUGGAAAAAUGUUUUGGGCUUGCUUAAAUCACUUCUUGUGAGGAGCUGUUUGUAUUUGUGCUUGUAAUAAGGCUCCUGAACAUUUAUGGACUCCACUGGAUUAUUAGUUACACUGGAAAUGAUGUAGCAAAUAACAUUCUGAGGUGAAUUCAAAAACAUUUACAACGUUGGGAAAAAUGGACAUUCAAACCUUGAUUCAAAUAUUUCAUAUCUUAUGACUCCUUGAUUUUAUUAGAUUUUGUCAUACUUGUAAUCUGAUUUUAUUAGAUUUUGUCAUACUUGUAAUCUGUCUUGGGUCCCAGUGGGAGAGGUAGAUUAUAAAUGAACAUAAGAAAUAAAGUAUAACAGGAAA